GUCUGGUCUUACUGUCGAGGGCUCCUAUAUCACAAAUCAUUUUUUGUCCCGUUCGUUUGUUCGCGCACCGAUUUUUAAUAUCAGGUUUUGUUCGCUCCUCGUCGGUGCAGCUGCAUUCUUUCUCGUUCCCACCCCUGUCCUGGAAGCCCCUGGAAACCCCUGCACCUGUGCGUUCUUGAAGUGCGAGCAAGAGGCACACAGGCGAGGCCAGAGCGGCACUUGCCACGCUUGACUUGCAGCAGGUCUGCAGGCGACGCGGAAAUGCCACAAGGAGCCGUAGCUAUAGUCGCCGAUAGCCAACAGUUCCAGUCCCGAUAAGGCGACGAUAAACCAGAAUACACAGCUAACUGGAAGGAGAGAUAACGGGGGGAGCGGAAUUGUUUAUUAUUAAAAUUCUGAAUGGAAUGACGAUGUGAUGGGCUCGUGCUCGUGUACGCGGCGACACUUUUUGCUGUCAAUAUGCUUCCUGCAAGUGAUAACGAUUAUCGAGCGCCAGGUAUUCGAUUUCCUCGGAUACAUGUGGGCGCCCAUCCUGGUGAACUUUUUUCAUAUUCUGUUCAUCAUAUUCGGGUUCUACGGCGCCUACCACUUUCGCGUUAAAUACAUCAUCACCUAUCUAAUAUGGAACUUCCUGUGGAUUGGCUGGAACGCCUUCCUCAUUUGCUUCUACUUGAAUGUGGGGCAGUUGAACAGGGACAGUGACCUGCUCAACCUGGGCACUGGCAGCGUCUCCUGGUUCGAGGCGAACGGAUACGGCUGCAAGCCCACCUACAACAUGACCGCCGACGAUCCGUUCCGACCGCAGCGGCCGGAGCGCGUGGAGGGAUGCUUGCUGGACUACCCGCUGGUGGAGAUUACCCAUUCGGGAGUGCAGUGUGCAUUGGCGCUGCUCGGCAUACUCGGUGCGAUUCUGAUCAGUUGCAUAUUUCUCGAUGAGGACGACAGAUUCGAUUUCAUGAACGGCGACGCGAAGAGUCCACAGCACACCGUGGUGCACCCAAUGUACGUGAGCUAUACAAGUAUACCCACAACAUCCGCAAGCGCCACCAUGCAAUCAAACAAGCAUCUGCAACUGCAGCAGCAGCAGCAGCAGAACUCACUGAAACUCUAUCAUCAUCAGCAACAACAGCAACCCAAACUACACCACUUCAACAAGAACUACCAGUUGAGCGGCAGCAACAAUAAUACACUCAACAAUAAUCUCCACCAGCGCGCGCCUUCGCUGCUGCCGCCAGACACAACAAAUAACCACAGCGCAUCAUUCCAACCCCACAGUCACCCUUCGACCAACCAUUUAACCCAUCGCACGGGUGGGGAGGGGAGCAACUGCAGCAGCCUGCGCCGCCACCGGCAACACCAUUCCAAGGCCCCCGUCAGCCCCAGUCCCAUGUCACCCCAGACAACGCCAUCCCUCUCGUACGCCUCGCUGCAAAACUCAAACCCCUAUUUGGCCGGCAACUCGCUGAGCAACAGCAACUACAGCAUCUUUCAGAGCCCCGACUCGCUUCAGGGCAGCUCCCACUUCGCCCGCAUUCACCACAAGCCAAAGCCACCUAGGUCUGGUCUUCCUGUCUCGGGCGGAUUAGAUGUGAGUCCUGGCAUGGGAAUGUCCUCGCCUGUCCGUCCGCUUGAACGCCUGUCCCGAAAUCUUGAGGAGGAUGAGGACAACUUCUCGUUGCAACAGUUUGCUCCCGGGGAACAUGGUGUAACCUAUGUACCCUUCCAGAGCCCUACUCCUAACAGCCUCUUCCUGGGCGAAAACAAUAACGCACAGCCCCACCUUGUCUUCCACUCCAACUCUCGCUCUAGUCCCAAUAACAACGCAUAUCCCUAUGACCAGAACGGGCUACCCUCUCCCCUUCGUCUGGGGUCAAAUUCCAAUACCCGACGUCCCACGCAUAUUCCCCUGCCAACAGUGCCCAUGCACAGCUGCCUGGAGAUGGUCGAUGACGAGGAUGCAGAUGGCGAGUCUGAGGUAGAUCACGAUCAGAUGCUGACGCCUCAGGCAGUAGUGCGACCCCACAUCCAUCAGCGAUUCGGCCAAGCGCCAUAUCUCGAUCUCUCGCCGGAGGUGGCAGAGCGUUAUGCCAUACCCAGUAAGCUAGGAUCCGGGCAUUCCGCUCAAGGCCCUCUUCCCGUCCCGCAUGGCUCGCCCAUGGUACGUCGCAGUAAUCGUCGACCUCGGCCUCCGAUUCCGGUUAACUUUUGCGACCAGAUUCGUGCCCCUCCACCUGGAUACGUGGUGCGUGCCAAGAGCGAUGAUCGCCUGGUUGAGCAGGCGGAAGUUGAAGCUGCUCCGCACGUGAAUCGUCGGAGUGGUCGUAGUGCUAACGGCCAAAAGUCCCGUCCCCGCUCUUUCUGCAACUCAAUAGUGGGAGUGCAGGCCUAGAGUUAAGUACGUUCUGCUGCACUUGCUCCUACUCUCUUCUUCUCUUUUACUCAAGCUUUCUGCCUAGGCGGAAUGCCUGUCACUAACUCUACCAGGAUUACUCAAUCCACUCACACAACCCUUCAUACAUACAUACACAUAGAUGUUGCUGUUUCUUUGUUGUGCCUAACCAGCCGGCUAACCUGGCUAAGAACAGGGCUUAACCGUAGCUUCCCAUGCGUGCGUUUAACGAUUCGGAUGAUGCCUUGCAGAGCUGACUUUAAUUACGUAAAACUAAGUAAUCAUUCACAUACGUGCGAAACGUUGAGACUUUUCCCGAAUUGUGAUAGAAGGCGUGAAAAGUCGCGACAGAAUGCCAGCCUAACAAUUUUAUGUUGAUCUGUGAUAACUGAAAACAACCAUGAACGACAAACGAUUAUUUAAAAAACGAAAAAUGUCACAAAAAUCAUUAUCAAGAAAGGAUAUGACAAUUUGUUGAGAAUGCAAGCGAGAUAAAUAAAAUUUAGCGGCAAUUGCAACUAGAUGCCUUGGACGAAUAACGGAAUAGAGAUUAGAGUAUACAAGAUAUAUAUACUGAUGUUAUGCGCGGGAGAGCUCAGCCUCCCGAGAGAUGCCUUUUGUUGUUAAACUAAUAUACGAUAUAUACAUAUUUACCAUAAAUUAUGAAAUGUACUACGAUGCAAACGCUAGUUGUCGAACACAAAGAAGAAGUUGCCUAUUGAGUUAAGUGCGAGAUUCGUUAUACAAACGCAAACAAACAUAAAGUAACAAAUUUAUAGAACUGUUAAGUCUAGUAUUAAGCUUGAGGCCACACAAAUGCAUUAGCAGAGCAGAUCCAAAAACAUGUAGAAUAGACACUAUUUACUGUUUAGAUUAGAUCCUCGAUCUUUAGCCAUGCGAAUUGCGCUGACUGGUGCCAAUUCUCGACGAGAUUCGAAGCGUUUCCAAUAAAAUGUUCAUUUACACCAAA